UGAGGUAUAUAGACAGGCUCUACUCCCUCCCCCCUUUCCCAGUUCGGCUUCUCAGCAAGUAGACAGCAGGAGGCGGGGCUUUCCUUUGGGCCGAGCGAGCCAAGGGGCGUGUUGCGGACAAGGUCUGCCGCUCCUGCUGCUCCCGGCCCGCAGUCGAUCCAGGAGCCUCGGCGGCCGCGAGGAAUAGCAUCCAGCCAGCCAGCAGACGGGCAGAGCGAGGGAGGCAGCCAUGACCAGCAAGAAAUGCGAUGUGGUCGUGAUCGGAGGAGGCAUCUCAGGUCUGUCGGCAGCCAAGUUGCUGUUUGACUCGGGAUUGAAUGUUGUGAUCCUGGAAGCCCGUGACAGGGUUGGAGGUAGAACAUUCACUGUAAGAAAUAAACACGUCAAGUAUGUGGACCUAGGAGGAGCAUACGUGGGGCCAACCCAAAAUCGCAUCUUACGACUAUCUAAGGAGCUAGGACUAGAGACGUACAAAGUGAAUGAAGUAGAACAUCUCAUUCAUCAUGUCAAGGGCAAAUCGUAUCCCUUCAAAGGCCCUUUCCCCCCGAUGUGGAAUCCCAUUGCCUAUUUGGAUUACAACAAUUUGUGGAGGACAAUGGAUGAAAUGGGGAAGGAGAUUCCCAAUGAAGCUCCAUGGAAGGCGCCACAUGCAGAGGAAUGGGACAAAAUGACUAUGAGAGAAUUGAUAGACAAUUUGUGCUGGACAAAUGCUGCCAGACGGUUCGCUACUUUGUUUGUCAAUGUUGAUGUUACCUCUGAGCCCCAUGAGGUCUCCGCUCUUUGGUUCCUGUGGUAUGUUAAACAAUGUGGAGGGACAGCCAGGAUAUUUUCAACAACUAAUGGAGGCCAGGAAAGAAAAUUUGUUGGAGGUUCUGGACAGAUUAGUGAGAGGAUUAUGAAAUACCUAGGAGAGCAGGUUAAACUAGAGAAGCCUGUAACCUCUAUUGAUCAAACAGGUGAAAAUGUCAUAGUGGAGACAUUGGAUCAAGAAACAUAUGAGGCCCAAUAUGUUGUUAGUGCCAUUCCUCCAGCACUUAGUCUGAAGAUUCACUUUAACCCACCACUGCCUUCAAUGAGAAAUCAGUUCAUCAGCCGGGUUCCUAUGGGAUCAGUCAUCAAAUGUAUAGUAUACUACAAGGAACCAUUCUGGAGGAAAAAAGAUUACUGUGGCACUAUGAUAAUUGAAGAUGAGGAUGCAGCUAUUGGCUUGACACUAGAUGACACCAAACCUGAUGGAAGCUUUCCAGCAAUCAUUGGUUUCAUCCUUGCUCGGAAGUGUAGAAAAUUGAGUCACCUCACCAUGGAAGAAAGGAAAACAAGGAUCUGUGAGCUCUAUGCAAAGGUGUUGGGAUCACAGGAAGCCUUACAUCCAGUGCAUUAUGAAGAGAAGAACUGGUGCGAAGAACAGUAUUCUGGAGGAUGCUAUACAGCCUAUUUCCCACCAGGGAUAAUGACUCAAUUUGGAAGGGUAAUUCGUGAGCCAUAUGGGAGAAUCUUCUUUGCAGGCACUGAGACGGCGUCAGAAUGGAGUGGCUACAUGGAAGGUGCAGUACAGGCUGGAGAGAGAGCGGCCAGAGAGAUACUGUACUCCACGGGGAAAAUUUCCAAGGGAGAAAUUUGGAAGUCAGAACCAGAAUCAAUUGACGUCCCAGCCCUACCAAUCGCUACGACCUUUUGGGAAAGGAACUUACCUUCUGUACCUGGACUCCUGAAGUUGAUUGGCUUCUCUUUCUUUACAUCAGCAGCUGCAGCUGGGUUCUUCGCAUGCAAAAAGGGGCUCCUGGUGCGAAACUGAAAAUGGAUGUGCUAAUAUGAAUUAUUUUACUUGUGCCAGGCAGUGAUUAUUGCAGUUCUCAAUUAUCCCAUGCAUUUAUCCUAUGAAACUUGGUAUCAUGGAAGGGUCCAAUAUGUGUUUCUGAGGCCACUAGGUGUGGGCUGCCAUUUUUUUAAAAAAAUGGUGGCCCAGAGCCCAGUGUCACAACACUUCUUUUUUGUGUUCACAAAAUCAACUGCUACAUGGAUCUCGCCACGAUGGCAAAGCAAAAAUCAUUGCACAGUGGGAGACAAGUAGUUAAUGUGAACCUACCCAUUGUCUCCAAAUGUUUUAGGGAAAUGAUAAGUAUGUGAGGAGAUUAUAUGAGUGAAUAAAUUCCAGAAACAAAA